CGUCCUCAUGAGAUCCCUGCGCAGUGCGCGUGCUGCCUUUUUCCCGCUGUCCUGCUGGUGGCCAUUUGUGUCACGCGCUGUAGGCUUUCCGUUCUCUGAAGACACCUCAGGAUCAUCCGAUCAAGAGCUCUGCUUGCCCACACCCUCACUUUCUUGUCUUUUGGUGGCUCUCCUAUGGUUCUCUUCAGCACAGAGUGCUAGCCUGGGUGCAGAUACACCUUUCAACCGUGUAAUAUACCAUUGGACGUUUGGUUUGCAAGAAUGCCAUUGCGAACCUGCAGCUGGUUACAUAGAACCACUAGAUGCAUUUCAGAGACAGGAUCCAGGCACAGCUUUCAGAAACAGUGUAUGUAUAUGUAGGUAUAAGCAGUACAAUUGAUGUAUGCUUUCAUUGUAUAGCUUGCUUUGAAGGAUGAAGGAACGAAAUGCAU